CAGCAACUAUGAACUGAAAAGAAAUAGCUUGCCAAAUUUGAGGGGAAAAGACAAAAAAAAUAAAAUAAUAUCAGAAAUGGGAAAGUAGUGGUAGUGUAACGGUGUUGAAUUCUUCACCCGCUUUGUUGUUUUUGGAGGCAAACUGCUUUGUACGUAAAUUGUGCCACCACCUUUUUACAAUUCACCUUCUGCCGACUUCACGAUACUCUCUCACAAAGAACCCAGUUUCAAAGCAGAGCAUCACAGAUUCGUCGAUCGCUUUCUGGGUUUUGCUCAUCAUACGCUCGAUUUCAAUCUGGUAAAAAUGCAAGCGUCAACCCAUGGUUCAGUAAAUGGGAAGUUGGGGUUUGACGUGCAAAACCAAAAAAGGGUAUUGGGUUUUGGAGAAUUGAGGAACCGAACAAGUACAGGGCGGAGGAAUCUAUGCAUUGCAGAGAGGAGAACUUGCUGUGGUGGAUUGAGCCUCCGUUCUGCGGCGCAGGUGACGGGAGCCAAGCUUUCAGGUCUUAGAAUGGGGUCUGAUGGGAUUUCCAUGGCCACUUUGAAAGCCAGAUCAGUCCAGGCUCAGGCUUCUGAUGGGGACGUUGACAAUCUUAUACCCUCCAAGCCUCAGGGGAAGUCUUCUGGAACAGUAUUGCCGUAUGUUGGUGUUGCUUGUCUUGGAGCUAUUUUGUUUGGUUAUCAUCUGGGGGUGGUAAAUGGUGCUCUUGAGUACCUUUCAAUUGAUCUUGGUAUUGCGGAAAAUGCAGUAUUGCAAGGGUGGGUCGUUAGCACACUUCUAGCAGGUGCCACAGUUGGAUCUUUAACUGGUGGAUCAUUGGCUGACAAGUUCGGCAGAACUAAGGCUUUUCAACUAAAUGCAAUUCCGCUAGCAAUUGGAGCAUUUUUGUGUGCCACAGCCCAGAGUGUGCAAACGAUGAUAGUUGGCCGCUUACUUGCUGGCAUUGGAAUUGGCAUCACAUCUGCUAUUGUUCCACUUUAUAUAUCUGAGAUCUCUCCAACUGAAAUUCGUGGUACCCUUGGAUCUAUAAAUCAGCUUUUUAUAUGUAUUGGGAUUCUUGUAGCAAUGGUGGCUGGAUUACCAUUAGCAGCAAAUCCCUUAUGGUGGAGAACGAUGUUUGGUAUUGCAGUAGUACCAUCUGUUCUUUUGGCAUUAGGAAUGGUUGUUUCACCAGAAAGUCCAAGAUGGCUUUUCCAGCAAGGAAAAUUUUCUGAAGCUGAAAAAGCUAUAAAAACGCUAUUUGGAAAGGAAAGAGUUACCGAGGUUAUGGAUGACUUGAGAUCAGCAGCCCAAGGUUCUGUUGAACCUGAAGCGGGCUGGUUUGAUUUGUUUAGUAGCCGCUAUUGGAAAGUUGUUAGUGUGGGCGUGUCACUUUUCUUCUUACAACAGAUGGCUGGGAUAAAUGCUGCGGUCUAUUAUUCUACUUCUGUCUUCCGCAGUGCUGGCAUUACAUCUGACGUUGCAGCAAGUGCUCUGGUUGGAUUAGCAAAUGUCUUUGGCACAGCUAUUGCAUCCUCAUUGAUGGACAAACAGGGCAGGAAGAGUCUUCUACUCGGAAGCUUCGGUGGGAUGGCUGCUUCGAUGUUGCUGCUUUCGUUGUCCUUUACAUGGAAAGCCCUGGCUCCAUAUUCUGCCCCCCUUUCUGUCACUGGAACUUUUCUCUAUGUAUUGUCCUUUGCACUUGGCGCUGGCCCUGUGCCUGCUCUUCUUCUACCAGAGAUUUUUGCUUCAAGAAUCAGAGCAAAAGCAGUUUCUUUGUCUUUGGGCAUGCACUGGGAAAUAUGUUAUUACGAUAGACGCUCCAAGCACCCCCGGACGAUCCUCGCAAAGUGGGGAGCCUUGUUGGCUUCAGAUUUCAAACUUCGUCAUAGGCCUCUAUUUCUUGAGCUUUGUAACUAAGUUUGGAAUCGGCAGAGUGUAUUUUGGAUUCGCUGGCGUCUGUCUUCUGGCUGUCUUGUACAUAGCUGGUAAUAUCGUUGAAACGAAAGGGCGUUCACUGGAGGAAAUAGAGCGCGCUCUUAGCGUUGUCACUUGAUUAUGAUAUGAUUCAAACUGGAUAAGAAAAAACACUGACACCAUCGCCUCCUUCUCAUGCUAUGCGGACUAGUUCAUUCCCACCUCUCGAAGUCUUGUAUUUAGAGACUGAACCUUGAUUGUAACCAGAUAAAAUGUUGCGUCUGUGGAUUUCCAUAGCUGUAAUGCACUACCACCUCGGUGAUGAGGGCUAUGUGAAAUUGUGAAUAAUAUAUGUUAGUUUCUACCAGGAAUUUGGACACUCUUGUUCGUAAUUGUCAAAUUUUUAGAUUCUUCUUAAUUUU